AUGACUGAGGUGGAACGUGAAGCGAUUGUUUGCGAUGUAGAUGACGAAUCAGAGCUGAAUCGUUUCAGUGAUAGUGCUAGUAAAAGCGUUGUUCAUGGCUUUAGUGAAAGGUUUCUCAGAUUGAGACGGAGAUAUCUUCCUGCUGGUGGAGGUAACAGACGUGACCACGGUUCAGUGAAGCUUUCAGGACCUCUUGUUUCUGGAGCAGCGUACUGUGUCUCUUCCUGUAGCAUGAUAAUCAUGAAUAAGAUUGUUCUCUCCAGCUAUAAUUUUAACGCAGGAGUCUCUUUGAUGUUGUAUCAAAACUUAAUCAGCUGUUUGGUGGUAGCUCUACUAAAAUUUUCUGGAGUGGUUUCUGUUGAGAAAUUUAACUGGAAGUUGAUAAGAGUGUGGAUGCCUGUUAAUGUUAUCUUUGUUGGUAUGCUCAUCUCAGGAAUGUACAGUUUGAAAUACAUAAACGUUGCUAUGGUGACUAUUCUGAAGAAUGCAACGAAUAUUAUUACUGCGAUAGGGGAGUUAUACAUGUUCCGCAAGAGGCAGAACAACAAGGUUUGGGCUGCAAUGUUCAUGAUGAUCAUCUCUGCAAUCAGCGGAGGCAUCACGGAUCUUACAUUCAAUGCGGUAGGGUACACAUGGCAGACUGCUAACUGUAUUCUAACUGCAAGUUAUUCACUUACUCUGCGUAGAGUCAUGGACAAAGCAAAGCAGUCCACAAAAUCUGGAACCCUUAAUGAGGUGUCAAUGGUGCUGCUGAAUAAUCUCUUGUCUCUACCUUUUGGCAUCAUCUUGAUCAUCUUACUGGGUGAAUGGAGAUACGUAAUAAGCACAGAUGUGACACAAGAUGCAAUGUUUUGGGUAGCCGCAACAGCAAGCGGCUUCCUCGGUUUGGCCAUUAGCUUCACUUCGAUGUGGUUCUUGCAUCAAACCGGACCCACAACAUACAGUCUGGUGGGUUCAUUAAACAAGGUUCCGAUAUCAUUAUCUGGUCUUGUACUCUUCAAUGUCCCUCUCAGUCUCCCAAAUUUGUUCAGCAUACUUUUUGGUUUAUUUGCUGGAGUGGUCUUUGCCAGAGCCAAAAUGUCAUAAUCAUGAUUCGAAGCCGGAGUCUAACUCUUCUACAGAGGCUGAAGACGAGAUAAACAAACAAAAAACAGAGAUGAAAAAACUUGAGAGGCUUC